GAUAACUCCGCGGUCACACUGACGCAGUUGACUGAUGUAAAAUGAACGCAUUGCGCAACAUCUUCACAUCGCGUACAUUGAACUACUUGCGCCAAAAUGGACAGAACGCGAUCCUCAAUGCCACAAAUCAGCCGGCGGUUGUGGACCCCAGCCUGCCUCUUGCCGAUGCGGACAAAGCGCUGAAAGAUGCCCGCCCAUCGCCGCUGUCCAUACCGCGCUCCAUACUCGACGCCUGUCAGUUUACGGCCAAGCCGUUCGACAUUGGCCGGUCUUCGGCGGUUAGCCAGCAAAGUGGCUCACUAUCACCCACCACGCUGAAACGGUUCAGCCGCAUGCAGCGUCGCAUGGAGCUGGUCUACCGCUGCAAGCUGUGCAACACACGCAACACGAAGACCAUUAGCGAGGAGGCCUACUACAGCGGCGUUGUUAUUCUACAGUGCGACGGCUGUGCGGUCGAUCACCUGAUUAAGGACAACCUGGGACUGUUCACCAACAUCGAGGGCACUAACAGCACAAGCACCGGCAAGAAUAUCGAUCAGCUACUCUCCGAGCGCCAUGCUCGCGUGCGCAUCAUCAAGGUGAAUGAGCGCGGCGAGCUUAUUUAGGAAUCUAGUCAGCGACCGAUCAAAUCAUCCAGUUUUGUUUGCGUUUAAGCCUGCGCUCGAACUAAACUGAAACAACAUUUAUUCUGUUAUAAACUUGUUUGUUUUUAUAUCGAUUAUAUGAGAGAUAGCCACCAGCUAAAUAUAUGUACAAAAAAACUUGCA